CCCGACUCCAUGCCCGCCACCACGCCAAGCGCUCCUCAACACAUGGACAGCCAAGGUGAGAACCAAGCUUGUGACCUUCUUAUUGGGGGGGGUUGACCGCUCUACCUCUGGACCACAGCCACAUCAAAAAGCUAACCGUAAAUAUAUGUUCCCAUUGUUUCAACAGCGAACGUACCGGAUGGAUUUUUAGUUGUAGAAGGGUCAGCCCACCCCGACUGAUUCCUAACAGAUUUGAUCACGCGGAUCAAACGACUGGCUGUCAGGUUUUUUAAAGCCCCCCCCCCAUCCUUAGAUGGAUUCUCAUUAUGUGAAUGAAUCUGCAGUUAUUAACCACCAGAAACUAAAGAGAGGAAGUGAGUGGGAGGCUUGGAAAGGUGAAAGCAUGUAAAGAGAAAAACAGGCGGAGAGAAGAGAAAAAAAAAAGUCCAACAGAAAGAAACGGUGAAGGAAGCUGAGGAUCUUUCCACCAACGGAGAGUGAGAGGAGAGGAGGAGAUGAAUGGAGGAGUGAAUCAGAAGCAUUCCUCACUCCACAGUUAGCAGAGCUGCGCUAGAAAAGGCAAAAGCAGUUAAUCUGAAAUCCAGAUGCCUGAGGGACCCGCAGAGGGUCAAAACAAUCCUCAGACAUUCGGCGGCGCUCCUCAGUGGCUGAACAGACCUCCGCCGGACCCACAUCAGCUGGAAGUCCUUUCAGCCCCUGCUUCUCUUGUAAAACGUUCAAACCUGCCGUCAGAACUGAAAGACUCUGUUUUCAAUGACAGUUUUCUGCUGAAACAUCUGCUGUAAGGAAUUUCCAGGUACGUUGAUGGCGUGAGCGACCUGACAGUCAUCCAGUCAUGGUGCUGUGCACCAGAAAGGUCUGCAGCCUGGCUGCAGCAUGGUUUUCUCUGCUCUUCUCAUCACUGCUGCUGCAGAAGCAGAUAUCUCCUGUAUGCGGGGUCCCGUCCUGCCCCCGGAGCUGCAGCUGCCCCGCCGUCAAAGAGGUCCACUGCACUUUCAGACACCUCACUGCUGUGCCAAAAACCUUUCCCAAAGACACGGAAAGGCUCAACUUUGGCUACAACAGCCUGACAGAGGUGAAGGGGUCAGAGUUUAGACCCCUAAGGCAACUGGAAAUGCUCAUGUUACAUGGAAACGACAUUAUCUCGGUUCAUCCUGGGGCUUUCUACAGCCUGAGGUCCCUGCAGAUUCUGAAGCUGAGCUACAACAAGCUAACAUUGGUAAACGCGGCCAUGUUGGAGGGUCUGGUCAGUUUAGUCCGUCUACAUCUGGACCACAACCUAAUAGACUUCAUUGAGCCGUAUUCUUUUAAUGGGCUGACUUCACUGAAGCUCCUGCAGUUGGAGGGAAACCUUCUCAAAGAGAUCCACCCUCAUACCUUCAUAACUGUGUCAGUAUUGGGAAACUUUUGGACUUCUGGGCUCAAACACUUGCACCUUUCAGACAACUUGCUGGAGCAACUCCCUACUGCAGCACUGAAGACGGCUCAAAGGCUGGAGCUCCUUACUCUACAUGGAAAUCCAUGGACCUGUGACUGUCAGCUUCAAUGGCUCAUUGAAUGGAGUGAAGCACAUGAAGGAGUAAUAAAGUGUAAGAAAGAACGGGGCUCAAGUGAAACAUGCCCUCGUUGCUCCUACCCUCAACAUCUGAAUGGUAGCCAGCUGCUAGGAUUAACUGCAGGCAAGCUUACCUGUGAACGGCCACUUCUACAAUCCCCAUUAAAACAAUGGGACAAUCCUGUGUGGGCGGAGUCAGAAGCAGAGCCUGACCUGCCAUACAUACAGGACUUUGAAAAACCUCUGGGCCUCCUAACCAUCGUUCUCUCUGACAGCCAUGGGAACAGUGCCCAUGUGGCGUGUGAUGUGCGCCACCCAGGGGACAGCGCGUCCAUGACGUGGAGUGUGAAUUCACGGACACCCGGGGAACUAUCUGUGAACGUAUCACUAGUGACUGUUCUUGAGUGCCAGAUCGAUCGAGAAAAGUUACAAAACCUCUGGCAGUUGGUAGCAUAUUACUAUGAAAGCCCUGCAAUCUUGGAGAGAGGUCAUCUAAGAGGAAACACAAGUGGCGUUACAUAUCAGUAUGUCCAAGUGGUGAACGAGAAUUCUCCGUAUUUCACAGAGUUGAAAGGGUAUUUGGUGGCAGAGCCCGCAUGGCUCCUUCAACCAAGAGUUAUAUUGAAGCUAAACAGGCAGCAGACAACAACAAAGAAGCUUGUAAUGGAUUUCACCACUUUAAUUACAAAAGAAAUCAGCAGCAACAGGGCACAAGAAAAUGGGGACAACUUUGCUACAUCCUGGGCGUUACUUCGAAGAGGGACUACUGGGCGAAUUCAGACAGCUCUGGAGGGGUCAAAGGUUCAUUUGGAGUGUAGUGUUAUAACUUCUGACCCGCAAGUGAGAGUGGAGUGGAUACUUCCAGAUCUGUCCACUUUAGAGGAUUCAAAUGACAAAAUAGAAUUUUCAGAAGGAGGGAAACUUGUCAUUCUAAAUGCCUCCAUGUCUGACUCAGGUGUUUACCACUGCAUCAUCAGAACCAAGUCUGGUGUAGACCUUUUGCCACUAAGACUUACCAUCAAAGAGCGUUCUCUCAGUCCCACAGCCUUAAAUGGUCAGAAAAUUACAAUUAAGAGGGGGGGCUUUUUCUCUCUUCCUUGUGAAGUGACCUCAGUACUCCCCACUCAAACUAUUUGGUACCUGCCUAAAAACCAAGUGCUGCUUCCCACACAAAGGACAAGAAGACUAGAAGUGACAGAAAAUGGGACGUUGGUUGGAAGGAAGCUUAUGCAAGAGGAUGCUGGCGAAUACAGCUGUGUGGCCUCUAAUCUAUACGGAGUUGACAUGUUGUCUCAUGUAGUAGAAGUCACAGAGGUAAAGCGUUUUGAUGAAUCCAAAGUACAGCCGGAGGGCCAACAAACAAUCCCCACACUUGGUGUGGAGGACGGAGAGGGUUCAGGGGGAGAUUAUCAGGAAAUCAUACGUCCGUUUGCUACAGAGCUUCCUGAGAAAGUGGGAACACCACUAAAUAGACCUAACAGGUUAUUUAAAAAGACACUGAUGAAAAACUCAAGAAGGAAACCUAAUAAAUCUAUUAAGGAAUUAGAUCCAAAUCGUUGGGCAGAGAUACUAGCCAAAGCUCACUCGAAUGCAAGUGCUCCUCUUCCCACAGAGCAGUCUGUAGAAGAUCCCAGUACUAUAAUUGUCCACAAAAUUGAAACCACAACUGCUGUUGCAACCACAGGCGCUGAAAAGGCUAACUCCCUCCAUGAUAUUACUACCCCUCUUGAUGCAGAGUCAAAAAUGUUUUCUUUUGUCCCAAAAAUUGAUGCUAAAAUGCAUUCAAACAAACAGAAUCUUCAUAAAAGUCUUGAAAUGUCAGAGAAUCAAGUUCAUCAUUCUAGUCUUCCUGGAAGCACACCAUCACCCCAACUGUCAACUGAAGGGACCAUUGAAAAAGUAAGAGCUAUCACACAUCCCCCUUUUAUGAGAACUACACAGCUUGGUGUGAGGCCAGGUAUCCGACACCCAAACGGGAGAAGACCCCCUUUUAGACGAGGAAGACCCCCAAUGAGAAGAAUCCAUCCACACAUCAAACCUUUCUACCAUCCAUUUAAAAACUCCCAAACCACUCUUCGCCCAGUACCAACCACAAUUUCAACUACAACAACCACCACCACAACAACCCCUGUUACCACAACAACAACAACCACCACCACUACAACAACAACCCCUACUCCUACAACAACAACCCUAGUUCCAACUACAGCGGACUACAAUAGACAUUUAUCUGCUGAGUAUAACAUAGAUGAGGACAACUAUUAUGAUGACUAUGAUUAUAAGAAUACUGUAACCUUGAAUAAAAAUGAAGAUCUAAACAGUGGAACUACUUACAAUCCCAUUGGCAAUUAUUUCACUCCAUCUCUAUCCUUUUCUGAAACGGAUCCCAAUGUAAGUAAAAUAAAUGUACCAACUCCAAAAACAUUUGCAAUUCCAAAGCUUGAUAAUUCACACUUGGGGAAAGCUGACCACCUUGUAAAUUUAAGGACAACUGGUAUAAAGAGCACAGGAAUGAAGGAAAAAACUGAAGCAAAUGAUAGACAUAACAAAAAGCCACAUGUAGAUGAUAAAAAUAAGAACCGUAUGACAGAAACAAAGGAGCAAGAGAAACACAGAUCUGCUGAUAUCAUUGGGGAAGAUGAAGAAAACUUGAGAAAAAAGUUAGUUACUCAGAGCUACAAUGUGCAAAAUAACAUUAGGUUAACUACCCGGAAUAGACCAAACAGACCUCUGCCUGAACAAAGUAUACCGAAACAUACAAGAACAUCAUCUGUAAAGAGUUUUUCAACAAACACCCAAGAAGAACAUGCAUUCACACAGGGCAAAGAUAAAAUGGUGAACAAGCCAACCAAGGUCCCUGAAACCCGCAGUCCUUCCAUUGUGGAGCCACUCCAUCCCUGGCUUCUCCAGACCAACCAGGGUAAUGGAAAAACUAGCGGUUCUAGAAUUAUGAACACAAACCAAAACAGAAAUACAGGAGUUCAAACUGAGGUGAAACAUAGCAAAGGUUCCCAUCAUCCCAAAGUGUAUCCCACUUCCCACUGGUCUUCACACCACCACCAUCCUCAUCACUCUUACCCCUUAAACCCUUCCUGGCCAAGCCAACGGUUGUUUCCUCACUUGAGACAAGGUUCUGGAUCACACGUUGCAGCUACCUAUCAUCCCUGGCCUUUCCCCCACCCCUGGGUUCACAGCUCUUUUGUGACCAACCGUCCUGAGAUCACAGCUGAAACAAUAAAACCUACUCCAACUAUGGCCACAAUGGAAAACUCCAGGACUAUACCAUCUAAACUCCAUCAUUACAAUUUAGAUUUCAGCAGCCAAACAAGAGAUAAAUUGCUCAUGUCAAGACUGAGGAACAGAUACAGACAGGUGCAGCUCAAUCACACAAGCCAGCUAGGAAGGGCAGUGACAUAUAAACCCAUCAAGAACAAUCCUUCACCCUCAAAACCCAACUUUCCAACUUUACAAAGGCACUACAUGCCAAAACAACUAUUUCCUACUCCAUCUUACUCUUACCCCUUGCAAGUCCCAAACCCUGGUAAAACAUCAUCAUCAUUGGUCAUCGGGUUUCUCCCCACAUCUGUUUCUUACCACUUCACCGCAUCACACUCUGUCUAUGAAGGAAGACAACACAGCUUCCGACAACCCACCGCUGCACCUCUUUUCCCAUGGUUACGAGUAGCUGGGGGAGGUGGGGUGAAACCCCACAUCAACACUGUAACUACAAGUAUGUCUGUGCUGGCAGAGACUGACGUGUUCCUUCCCUGCAAAGCCACUGGAAAUCCAGAACCCAAUAUUGCAUGGACCAAAGUAUCCACAGGUGCCACUAUAUCAUCAAACACCAGACAUGGCCCUCGCUUUGAAGUCUUCAAAAAUGGAACUUUUCUCAUUAGAAACAUUCAACUUCAGGAUCGAGGACAGUACCUCUGCAUGGCCCAGAACAGGCUGGGAUCAGACCAGAUGGCCAUCACCUUAUCUGUUCAGAUUGAGUCCCCAAAGAUUCAAAGACCCAAGUCCACAGAAAUAGUAGUCUAUUUAGGAAAAGGUGCGACUCUACACUGCCUUGCUUCUGGAAAACCGGCAGCCCAAAUUUCCUGGAUUCUCCCAGACAGAACAUUUGUUCAAGAAGUUGGGACAGUUCACUCAGUUUUUUCUGCAAUAUCCCUUCUCCAAAAUGGGACCCUACAAAUACAUUCUACCAACUUCACCAGCAAAGGGGACUAUAAAUGUAUUGCAAGCAAUGCAGCAGGUGCUGAUACCAUCACUUAUCACCUCCAUGUUGCAGCGCUGCCUCCAAGCAUAAGUGAAGUACCAACAGACAGUCUUAUUGUUCAGCCAGGCAGGAAUGUGUAUGUUCACUGUUCUGUGAAGGGCGAACCAGCACCUACUUUAAAAUGGAUUCUUCCAGAAGGCAUCCAUGUUAAGCCAUUGCAGUUUCUUGGAAGCAGGUUAUACAUCUUCCCCAAUGGAACGCUGUUUGUGAAGAAUGUUUCUCCCUCUGAUAGUGGAAGGUACGAGUGUUUGGCGACAAAUGCAGUAGGGAUUGCCAAAAGAACAGUCCAGCUAGAAGUGGAAGCACAUUCCUUUCUCUUUCCCCAUCAGCCUCUCCCUCCACUUUCAAUCCCUUUUACUCCCAACCAUGCCACUCCAUCUCGUCAACAUGUGGUCUCAGCUAUGUAUGGUUCUACUGUCUACCUCCACUGUCCAGAAUCCACUGGAUCAUCAAGAGGAACAGUUUGGCAGCUUCCAUCUAAGGCCAUCUUUGAACACCAGUACAGCCCAGAGAGACCAAUUAAAGCUUUCCGUAAUGGGACUCUAAGGAUUCUUCAGCUAACAGAGCUGGAUGGAGGGAAGUAUUUGUGUAUUUUUCAGCGGCCCAAUGGUGAAGACAUGGAGCUCUUCCAGUUAGACGUGCUGAUGACUCCUCCUAGAAUUGAACAUCUAAAGACUUCAAAGGCUGAGGUUACCUAUGGAGAAAAUUUUCAGGUGGACUGUGUUGCAACUGGUCUUCCAGACCCAGACGUUUCCUGGAGUCUUCCAGAUGGAACUAUGAUCAACAACGCUCUUCAGUCAGAUGAUAGCGGUCUGCGUAAUCGCCGCUAUGUCAUGUUCGAGAAUGGAACUCUGCUGCUCCAGCACAUCAACAAAAAGGACGAGGGUGACUACACAUGCUAUGCUAAGAACAAACUGGGCAAGGAUGAAAGAAAACUGAGUGUCAGAGUGGCACCAAAAUCUCCACAAAUUGGAUUAAAGUCACAAUCCAAGGUGACGGUAAAACUGGGUGAAUCAACAAAGCUAGAGUGUAAAGCAACUGGUGAACCCUUGCCGAAAAUAAUUUGGAUCUCACCACAAAAGGAUGUAAUACCACUGUCAACAGAAAAAUUUGAGAUCAUGGAUGAUGGGAUCUUAAUCAUCAAGAAAGUAUCUCUGGCAGAUGAAGGAAAAUAUGCAUGUGUAGCACGCAACUCUGUUGGUGGUGACAUUAAAUACACCACGGUUGAAGUUGAACACCAGAAACCCUUCAUCAAUGGAAUGAAAGGAGAGAGUUCAACAAAACUUUUGGGAGUCUCCUAUCAAACAGCUCUUAUGGACUGCAGGGUAGAAGGAAAACCUGAGCCCAAAAUCUGGUGGAUUACUCCUUAUGGGCUCUCGCUAACAACACCCUACCUCGGAGGCCGUUUCCAGGUUCACCAAAAUGGAAGCCUAGAGCUCAGAGGGGUAAGAAAGACAGACGAAGGUAGAUAUACUUGUCUAGCUAAAAACCAUCUUGGUGAAACAUCGCUGUCAGUUGAGCUACAAGUAGCAUCCUUAGCGGAAAAGCCUAGCUUUGCUGUUCCCAACAUUGAAAUCUUACCGAUAAAGCAAGAUGGUUCUGGAAUAUCCCUCAAGUGUCCUGCUCGUGGGAAACCAAACCCAGAACUUUCAUGGCUGCUUCCCAAUGGGACAAUGUUAACACCUGGUCUACGACUCAAACGCUUUAUCCAUCAUCUCUUGAAUGGAACUUUACAAAUCUUCAAUCCCGCUGCAAAUGAUAAGGGGGUGUACCGAUGCAUAGCAAGAAAUAUAGCUGGACAAGCAGAGAAACGCUAUGCCUUGGAAGCUGGCAGAAAGCCGGUAAUCAGAGGAUAUACAGGUGGGAUGAGAAUUACUUUUGGCCUUAAUCUCAACCUGCCAUGUACAGUGGAUGGGUGGCCUCAAGCAUCAAUCACGUGGACUCUACCUAAUGGUGCGGUUUUGGACAAACCUCAGACCAUUGGGCGAAUAUCUUUCUUCAACAAUGGGACGCUCCAAAUCAAGCAGGUUGCCACUUUUGAUAAAGGAACAUAUAUUUGUAAAGCCACCAAUGCAUAUGGAUCAACGGCACUGUCUUACCCAGUCACAGUGAUGGUUUUCCCUCCACGGAUCACGACCACAAUGCCACCUCUUACCAAAAUUAACCAAGGAACACCAGUGAUUUUACAGUGUGUGGCAAAUGGAAUGCCCAAGCCGGAUAUUUCCUGGACAUUACCUGGACGCACCACUCUGCUUCCACAAAACCGGUACACUGUGAGGGGAGGAAUUCAUAUAACACAGGAAGGUUACCUGGUCAUCCAAAAUCCAGUGCUCACAAACUCUGGUAUUUAUAAAUGUAAUGCCAAAAAUGCUCUUGGGACAGAUUUUAAAUCCACAUAUCUACAAGUUGUUUGAGUGACACUUUACAAACACAAGAAGACUAUGAUUGUACGACAAAAUAAAGACUGCAGGUUGAUUUUUUAACUAACUUGUUUGUCACUUCCUUUCAGAUGCAAUGCAUUGCAUAUCAGGGGUUGUAUCUAUACUUUAUUGUUAUGUACUUUCCAUAGAUAUCUGUUAAAUAGCUGUGAUGUUAUUAGUCAAGGCCUCACACCUACGUAGCCAGUUUAAGGAAGUAUAAUGAUGUGUUUCACUAUGCUCCGUCCCAUUAUUUUUGAGGGUUAACAUCAUUUAGUCUCUACUGCAGCUACUCACUACACUGAGCAGUAGUCAUGAAAACAAAGUUAACUAGUCUGAUGUUGAAAUUGUUUGUCACUUCCAAAUGAAGCACCAAACUACAGUUCUUUAAUAGGUCAUCCAGUCGAUGUAGCUGUUCUCCACUUUUAAUAUAAAAAGCUAAUUUCUGUUUGUAAAACUUGGACUUGUUUAUUUUUUCCAUUUGAUUUUCUUUCAAAUAGCCACAAUUUUAGUUUGUCACAAAAGUAUUUUUCUUCAGGUAAAAUCAUUUUUUGGUCUCUGAAUAAAAUAUAAUACAUUUC